CACCAGGCAAAAGGCUAUCAAAUCAGUUCGAUUCCUUCAAGUGUGAAUUUCUAUCAGCAAACCUAAGUGUACCAAAGAAAAAAAUGGCCAUCAGUAAGAUCGUGUUGAUUACCGUUGCUCUCAUCGGAAUGUGCAGUGCGGGAAUUGUUGUGCCGGCAGCAGCUCCAGUCGUCGAUACCCGAUACGAUCCCCUGCCCCAGUACACUUAUGCGUACAACGUUCAAGAUGCGCUGACCGGCGACAGUAAGAGCCAGCAGGAAACCAGAGAUGGAGAUAUUGUGCGAGGCUCUUACUCGUUGGUCGAACCAGACGGUACGGUGCGCACGGUGAUCUACACGGCCGAUCCGAUCAACGGUUUCAAUGCGGUCGUCCAGCGAGGCCCUCUGGUACACAAGACGCUGGUGCCGGCUGCGGUCGUUCCUGCCCCAGGGCCCCUAGUGACACCCGUCGGACGUGUGCUUGGUUGAGCGAACUUUCAACCGUUCGUUCGUUCAUUCGUUUGUCUCGAAAACGAACGAGAAAAACAGCGCUGCUCAAAAAUACUUUACGUUUCGCGAUAGACUGACUACUAGCACCUGUUCAAUGUUUUUUUAUGUUUUGAUGGCUAUUAGUGAAUAAAUAUUAAA